AUGAGGGUUCACCAAGUAAUAACUGGUUCAUGCAAUGGUGAUUAUUCUCAUAUCGCACAAGCGAAGGUUCGGGGAUCUAACUACGUCGUGUAUGCCAGUGGGUGUGAUGUAGUUAUUUUGAAUGAAUCCUUUUGUCGCAGUCAGGUGAUUUCUGGGUGUGAGUUAGGAUACUCUGUUGUAACAGCUGUUGCUUUUAACCAGCAAUAUGGAAAGAUUGCCAUUGCUAAUGCUGAUGGAAUAUUUAUUUACGUACCUCAGGGAACGGCAGGAAAUAUGCUUACAAACUCAUCAAAACUAUCUUGGUUGUUCUCCGAUCACUUAUCAUUACCAUCAAAAGCGGAAGUUUUAUGUCUUUCCUGGUCUCAUAGACCCUGUUUUCAAUUUCCAAAUAGUGGCUUAUUAGCAGGCCUUAAUGAUGGAAGCUUAUUUAUGUGGCGAUCAGAUGUUACAAACAGUGUCACUGAAUCACACCUUCAUUUUCAUAUCGGAGCUAGCUCGUCAGGUUCAGAAUAUAGUUUUAACUCUAAUCCUGUCACUAAGAAAUCUCUAUCAACAGAAGUGCCGAGUAAAUGGAAAAUUGUAUGGUGUCAUCAACUAAACGGCACUCCGAUGCAGAUUGAUUUCAGUCCAGAUGGUUCAUACUUUGCCACCAUUACUAAAUAUCAUAAUAAAAGAAGUCAACACAAUGAUUACAAAUCUGAUACUGAGAUGCAUGUGUGGUUCAAUGAUCCUUUCUCUGAUUUGAUUCCAUCAAAACACAGUUCUGAUGAACAGUUUCGAAUGACUGAAAAUUGGGAAUCUAUCUUCUUACCCCAUCCUUGUAACGUUUGUUCGUUUAGCUGGCGCCAUACCAGUAGAUAUCUCCCUAGUGGUUGGAUAGCAAAUGUAUUAUUAACUGCGUGUGAAGAUAAUUUAUGUCGUGUAUGGAUUGAAGUUUCUCAUCCUUCAAUAGAUCAUUCUAAUUUGUCAAACGCGUACAAAAGUACCAAUUCUUUAAUGUCUAAAUCCAUUCCUAGAAAUGAUCCAGAAAUUCCAAUAUCAUCUACUAUAAUGAAAGUACGCCUACCUUUAGGUCAUCUGACCGAUAUACCAUUCAAAAAGAAUGUGACGAAUGAUCCAGUCAAUCAGUUGCAUGAAUCAUCAACACAAUAUCUCACUUUAGAAGUACCUAAUUGUUUUUUAACACAUCCACUUUUAAAACAUUUUCUAGAUUUAUGGUUGACUGAUCCUUUGUCAAAUAUUGAAGUGGAUUAUGGAUCACAAUUACCAUCGUCUACAAUAAAAAUAGAUGAUAAAAAGUUCAAUUAUGCACAAAAUACAUUUCCACAAUUUGUGUUUACCACAUCUUUACCAUUGGAUUCUUUCCCGGAAAUAUGUAAUUUCUCUUCUCCAAAUGAUUCACAAAUUGGUCGACUUGUUGUUCAUUGGUUCAAUAAUAAAGAAUAUCGUUUGAAUACACAAUUGGAAUCGUUUUUGAAGGAUACAAUAUCGCGAAUUUUAGCUAUCCCAAUUCAUAUUGUACUCGAUAAUACAUCCAAUAAUAGUAACAGUAGUAAUAAUUUCAUGACUCCAGAAUUGUUAGAUCAAAUAGCUUUGAUGGAUCAGACUGUUUUUCGAUUAUUAAGUGAAUUACAACAUGCCCCGGAUGUUGUAUUCGCAAUACAUCCUCUUGACGGAAGCCUUAUUGUUUGGUAUAUACAUGGUUUGGAUUUAUCUAUUCCUAAUCCGAAAGGUAUACGAACACAUAAAGUAAUCAUUCCAUAUGAAUCAUCAUUUAAUCAUGAUAAUAAAUUUGGCUAUGAAUCUUCAUUUACACUAAUACCAAAUAUAAAUAAUCGUUUAACACAAGUUACAUGUAGUAUAAGAUCACGUUUACAUCAAGUUAUUCCAUUAGAUGCAGCUAAUUCUUUAUCAUCAAGACUAUUCACUUAUUUAACAACAGAUCACUCUAAACACUCAAUCAAUUAUUAUUUACAUACUGAUCAACAAAAUUCAUCUAUGUUGUCCGAUACUACUGAAACUACUGAUAAGCAUUUAAUGACAAUUAAUUAUCAAGAUAAUUUAAAUAUAUUUUGUCAUUUAUUCUUAUUACAAUAUUCAAUAAGACAGUAUUUAUUACAAUGGUCAAAACUUUCUAAUAAUAGUAAUCAGAAAAAUAAUUUGAAACAAUUCAAAGAGAUAAUAUUGAAACCAAUUUUAUCUUCUUUAACACAAAUUCAUUUGAAUUCAACAACUCUUCAAGCACGAACUCAGAAUUCCUCACAUGUAGCAAUGAUCACUAUGCAUACUAAUGGUUCAUUACGUUAUUGGCGUAUCGAUGUUUCAGAGAGUAGUCAUUACCAAUGGAUUGUCGGUGUAUCUAAUUGUGCACGUUUAAGUGGACAUCGAUUUCAUACAAACGUUAUUGUACCACAUCCAAUAUUACCUCUCGCUUUGAGUACAUCGCAUUAUGAGCAUAAAUUAGAAAAGUUACCAAUGAAUGAAUCCACUAUAACAACACCAAAUAAUUCAAUUCACAAAGACAAUGGGAAAAUUACUAAUUAUAGUGAAAUAAUUUUAUGGUAUGUUUCGUCAGUUGGUCCACUUAGCACCGGUUACACAUCAUCAUCAUUAUUGUCAAAUUAUCAAUUUCGUUGUUCACAACAUACUACCAAUGAUAAUACUGAUUCGGAAUUAUAUAACAAUCCAUUCACUACAACCGAUAUUAAAGCAUCAGGUAAUAUAUCAUCACAUGGUGGCAUUUCAGAAGUGGCUCGUUUAAUCUUCUCCAAUAUAUCAUCGAAUACAUCCUUAACAUUUAAAUAUAUUGCAUGGUUUCCAUGUCAAGUGACAACAACUGCAACAUCAUAUCCUGUUGCAUUAUUUGUUGCCUCUUUAGACGGUAAUCACGAUGAUGAUGAUAAUAAUCAUGAUACAAAUAAAGAAAGCAAUGAUCAACUUGGACUAUUUUUAACAUUUUCUAAAUUUAAACAAAUUAAUAAUAAGUCAUCAGUAUUGGAUGAGAAGUUGAAACAAGAUCAUCAAAAUCAUUUAUUGCAUAGUUCAUUGAAUUCUGAUACAUUAGGAUGUAUUAUUCAAUUAAAUUAUAAAUUACCAUAUUCUAGUCAAAUUGAAAAUUAUGAAAAUUUCAAUGCUGAAACCUUAAUAUUACAUGUAUUUCCCAGUGAAUUAAUUAUGUCCAAAUCAGAGAGUUGCAAACCAACUAAUACUAAUGAUCAGAUGGAAAGUUUUACAAAAUCAGAUAUGAAUUCCCGAUCAACGUUUUUGAUUGUUCGUAUGACACGUUAUAAUUUACUGGAUGAAACAGUCAACUCUUCGAUUGUUCCAACUUCAUGUAAUAAGACGGAUUUUUGUCGUAUGGAAAUGUGGCGUGUUUGUGUUUCAACGAAUACUAAGUUGUCUUCUUCUAAUUUGAUGAUAGAUGGAAAUUCUUCUAUUAAAAAUUGUACAACUGGAAAGUCGGAACUAAUCAAUGAUAAUCUGACGACCAUAUUUAAUAAUUUAAUAACAGAUGGAAUUAAGGUAUGUGAUUGUAAACUACAUUUACCAUCAGGUGUAUCUAUUGUUUGUGCUCAAGUGUCAGCAGCACAUGUAAGUUGGGCCGCUUUAUCAACUUUCAAUGCACCACCGCCUUAUUUAAUUGUUACUGCAUGUUCAGAUGGUUGUUUACGAUUUUGGCGAUGUGAAUCUGAUUCAAAUAGUAAUAAUUUCACUUUGGAAGGAGUCCACAAUCAAUUCACAUGGGAAGAAUGGCAAAUGCCAUUGAUGCAAUCAAUGUCUAGUUGUAUUGAAUUACAGUUGUGUACCAAUAAUAAUAAUAAUAAUGAUAAUAAUAAUAAUAAGGAGAAUCUUGUCAAUGACGAAUCAACGAUGAAUAAACCCAUUAUUCUAGAUAUAGAUUGUGCAUAUAGUGGACGUUUAGCUGUGGCAUAUACUUCAUCACAAUUAUGUAAUAAUGAUAAUGAUAAUAUGGGCAAACAUUGUCAAUCUAAUCUAGAUUGGAUUCAAAGUAAUAAGAAUGAUUUAACAAUCUAUGUUACUGUUUAUGAAUGUGAAUCUAGUGGUGGAUGCGAGUGGAUUUUAGAAGAUACCAUUGAAUUAACAUCGGAAUCUUGUCUUUUUCAAAACAACAUUGAUAAGUUAUCAUCUAUUCAAUUGGACUGGGUUAAUGCAGAAGACGGCGGACAUUUAUUAUCAAUCAUUAUUGAUUCAGAAAUAUUUGUUUUUGCACCGGUUUGUCAAAAUCUUUCAUUAAGUCGUAAUAAACUACGAAGUGGGCAUGCAUAUCAGCCAACAUUAAUGACUACAAUUGGUGAAGUAUAUGUUGGUUGGAAACCUAUCGCUUGUACUCGUAUAAUCACAGCUGACUUCAACUCUUCACAAUCAUCAUCCUUAUCAUCUCUUACACCAAUUGAAAGAAAGAAAUCAAUGCCAACACAACAAUCUUGUUGGCGAUUUUCUUCAACUAAUACCUUGCAUAGUGGUAAUCAUCGUGGUUUUAUCAAACAAGCUGCAUGGCUUCGUGAUGGUCUUUUAUUAAUUAGUGCAAAAUCGGAACUCCAGUUGUUUAGUCAAUGGCCAUCAGAUAAUUUGUAUGAUUUAUUUAAGUGGCACGUGAAACCUAAAUUGUGUAAUACCAAAUCAUUGUAUAAUUCAUCAAGUGCAAAUGAAUCAUUCGAUGCAACAGCAACGCCAACAACACUUGAUACUGUUGAUGAUUCUACAGUAUCUGGAAGCUCCAAUAUGUCAGUAGCACGUUUAACUAAAGCUUACUCACCAUAUCCUUUAAAGCCAUCACCUUCACUAUCAAUGUUACAUGCUGUGUCUCGUCAUUCUAGUUUGUCUAAUUUACAUGUUACUUCUAAUAAUACCACUAAUACUACAUCUGACAUCAGUGAUAAUUUUAAAAUAACUAGAAAAAUGAGUCAAAUUGACUUGAAUCGUGCUAGCGGCGGUGGAUUAGACGUUAAAUCAAGUGAACAGCUAUUGAAAGAUGUAGAACUCUUAUCGAAUCUUGGAUUAUUCGAAGCUAUUCAAAUUGUUAAUCCAAUACUUCCUCAAUUUCAUCCUCGUCAACUAUUAGAAUGGAUGAAUUUGGGUCAUUUACGUCGUAUAAAAGCGAUAUUAGCACAUUUAACUAGAUGUUUAUCUGCUCUUGGCAAUUCAUCCCAACGGUCAGGCAGUCAUUCUGAUGGUCAUCGUCGAAUGACGAAAGGUAAUUUAAAUUCAGAACUGACCAAUCUUGUUAUCGAGUCAUUUGACACUACUAUAACAUCAAAAAUGUCGACAACAACAGAAAGAAUAAAUAAUACAACAUCUAAACCAGUGUCUUCAAUAUCUCAUAUGCCACAUUCUUCAAAUAAUCUUUUAGAAACGCAUACAAUACCUCCCUUACCAUUGUACGUCCUACUAGCUGUUGAUUCGUUGCAAGUAACCGAUGUUAAUGCAGAUGUGAUAUUGAACAAACAUUUCGAUUCUAUAAAUGAGUGGAAUAAUGAAAAUGGACUAGCUGAUGAAUCAAGCAUCUUUGAAAUACAAGAUGAUGAUCUUAAUCUCAGUUUGAACAAUGAUGAUGACGAUUAUGAUGUAACAGAUAAAAGUAACCCAUCAAGAAAUAUUCAUCAUUCAAAUCUAUCCUUCAAUACAUCUGCAAACAAAUCAUCACAUUUAUAUGGAUUUAGUAUAUGGUCAUUGAAACCUGCAGCAUUAGCUCGUAGUAUACAUUUUUCAGAAGAUGAUGCUCGUCUUCUUGCUGAUCAUUUGUCAACUCAACGAUUACCCGGUCUAUCAUCACUAGAUCAAAUGUAUUUAUUGGGUAUAGCUGAUUUAAUGGCGAAGACACGUUCCGAUAUUACGGAUUGCUUAUCAAAAGUCAAUUCAUCAACUAAUGAGAAGAAGCUGGAUCAACUGCCACGAAGAUUAUCGAUCAAACAGGAUUCUAACGAAGGUUUAGAUGAGUGUGGUCUUCGAUUUCUUUUAACAGUUCAAUUGUAUUCUUAUUUAAGUAAAACAUUGCCACCGGCACGUCGAUCGCAACUUCUUUCUUCUGGCCUAACUAAUUCCAGUCUAGUAUGGGCAUAUCAUUCGGAUUCACAAGAAGAACUUUUAUCACAAUUACCAAUUGUUUCUAAUCAACUAGGCGGUGGUGAAGUCAGCGGUUCUGAUUCAUUAGAAUUAAAUUGGGCAGAUUUCAAACGAUAUGGUUGUGGUUGGUGGAUACGAAGUGAAAGUCUUCUGAUUCGCUGCGCUGAAAAAAUGGCUCGUACAGCUUUUCAAAACACUAAAGAUCCAAUGGAAUCUGCUGUCUUUUAUCUGGCUAUGCAUAAAGCCAAAAUGGUGGCUGCAUUAUUCAAAACCACUGGCAAUAAAACACUGGAAAAUUUCUUCCGAUCCGAUUUUACACCAGGUCAACCAGCAUGUCGUCAAGCUAAAUUAAAUGCAUUCCGUUUAUUAAGUCAACAUAAAUAUCUUCAAGCGGCUGGAUUAUUCUUAUUGGCUGGAUGUUUAAAUGAUGCAGUACGUGUUUGUUUGGAUACUUUAAAAGAUUUACAAAUGGCUAUUGUAUUAGUUAGACUUUAUACAUCAUCGGCUCAAGGUAUUCCAGGUCAACAGACAACAACAUCCUCGUCGACAUAUCAUGAUUUUCUAAGGCAACAUAUAAUUAAACAACAAGAUCCAUUUCUAAGAAGUAUGGCGUUUUGGACAUUGGGUGAUCCAUUAGCUGCUUUGCAAACAUUAUUAGAAGGACCUGGAAUACUAAGUAAUGCUGAAGAUUUUUUCAUAUCAGAAAAGAGAGAUAGUUUAACCGAUGCAAUAUAUCAAAGCCCACAACAUCCUCAAUAUCUUAGUGGUAGUCAAAGCUUCAUAACCGGUAGGGAUACUUCAAAACCAUCAUCUGUAUGUCCAAGCGUUUUCAAAUUCUACACUUAUCUACAAUCACAUCCAUUAGUUUUACGUCAUCAACGUUUACAAGCUCCAAAUCUAAUCAAUUCGUGUAUAUUAUAUCAUGUAAAAAGUUUAGAAAGACGUUUAUACUUUCGUACUGCUCAUCAUUAUUUUAUAUUGGGUUGUCCAACAUUAGCAUUGGAAGUUUUGACUAAAUUACCACCAUUGGAAUCUUUUAAUUCAUCAUCUACACUUGGUCUACAUAGAAUGUCAAUUAAUGAAUCUAUCGAAAGUAAAUCAAGACGUCAAUCGGGACUCUCUGCGGAUAUUGUCGUGCAACCAGUAAAUAAACAAAGCACAACUAGUAAUGAUGAUAAUGAUAUUUUCACACUCAUGACAACUGAUGUUCCUUUAAAAAAAUAUACAACACAAGAUCAAUUUACAAUUGAAUGGAGUGAUGAUAAUGAUGAUGAUCAAAUAGAACAAGAUGAUACUAUGGAUCAUGUCAAAAGUGGUACAGUACAAAUGAAUCAAAAACAACAAAGGUCAUCAUCAUCAGCUCAACAACGACCUUCAAUUCAUUCGAUAGGUAGUUAUAAUAUUGAAAAUCAAGGUACAGUGGACUUAAUGGCAAAUCAAUUGAAAUUUAUUGCUUGUUUAAAAAUUUUGGCAGAAGAAUUAAGUACAUUGGCUGCUGGUGCUGAAUCUGAAGGUGUUUCACUUCGUCAACAUGUUUGGCAAUGGCUUGAAAAUGAAUUAGCUAUUGUUAAUACAUUGACUGGUUUGACGAAAUCAUCCAUGACAACAACAACUAUAACUUCUACUAUUCAUUCAACUAAUAAUCCUUCUUCCAAUCCAGUUGUUGCCAGUGACGAAAAGUUGAAUAAACCUAGUUUUGAUCAUUCAGAAUUUUCUGGUCCAUUGACUACAACUUCCUAUUUAAUGACUACAAGAAAUGCUGGUACCGUUGUAGCUGGUAUUUUAAUGAAUUUAUCAAGUGUUUCUCCAGAAAUUCGUGAUGCAGAAUUAAAACGAUUAAAAACACGUUAUGAUUGGAUAAAAGCUCAUGAACCAUUUUUAAUAUCGUUAAUUAAUUUCUGCGAUUUGUAUGGAUCUAGUGGUAUACGAUUACCAGCAGUUCGUAUUGAAUUAUCCCUAUUACUUGGUGAAUUAUAUUCAACAUCUUAUCUAUUUACAAGUCAAUCAACAAUAUCAUCACAAAAUAAAUUCGAUAGUAAUCUAUUAGUAACAACACGUCCAACCAAUACCAAUGUCAGUUAUCCUUCUCUUGAUUCUUCAUGUUGGCCAAUAUCACCAAUGGCUUUAAUUGAUUGUAUACCUUUAUUGCGUACAUUAAUGCGUCUACCACCGGGUGCAUUACUUCUACCAGAUUCAGUAAAACGUAUCAAGUAUAUGGUUCAUGAUUUAAUCACUUGUUUGGAAUCAUUACCACCUCCAUUUUUAGUAAGUGUUCUGCUACCUUUUCCUUAUCGACAAUGCAAUUGUACUACUACAACAGCAAGGACAUCGAAAUCAUGUGUUACAACUUCAUCACCAUUCCAUUGUCCUGAUUGUAUUUUGGCACCUACAGGCGAUCGUCAUCGUAGAAUAUUUUUACUACGUAAUUUAUGCGCUGCUCUUUCCGGGUGCAUACAUCAAUGUUUAACUGUUGGCGGUUGGGUUGGUUUUGGUUAUGCAAUCGAUGAGAACUCUAUUCAAUCGUCUGAUAUAUCGUCUUCAUUGACAAAAAAAGUGUUUGCCCUACCUGCAACAAGUACUAUUAAUGCUCGUUCAGUUGAUCGUUUAUGUGUAUCUGGUCAGAUAUUUAGACCAAAUACAGAACCAUCUAAAUGGCCAGGUUUAACAUGUUUAAAAAGUUAUACUGAACCUCAAUUACAGAGUAAUAGUGUAAGUACUAGUCAAAUUAUUCGUAUCACAUCAACACAAAAUCUGUUAGAUCGUGAUUCAUCAUCGUCAUCUGUAACACGUAUUCAGUCUGUGGAUCGUCGUCGAAUUAUUGGUUUAUUAGCUCAAGUUUUAGCUGCUUCUUAUUUCGGUUUAUUAGUUUAUGCAUUGCAUACUCGUGAUACAUUCACAUUAUAUCGAUUAGCUUGUGCUCGAUUAGAUGGGAAAACAUGGAGUCGUGUAUUCGGUGGAACAUAUCGAGCUAAACCUUUUCGACCACCAACACAACCUGGUACUACUACUACCACUACUACUACUGCUGCUACUACUACUAGUAAUAGUAGUAGUAAUGUAUCAUGUAAUUUAACUUCAGAAAAGAAACCUGUUCCACCGAGUCGACCUAAACGACCAACGUCUACUCCUAAACAUGACAGAUCUAAGUCAAGAAGUCCAGAGAAAGCAGUUACACGAGCUAGGAACCAUGCAGUUGCAGCUAUCGAAGUUGCAAUGAAAAUUGGCAGUCCACCAAAUCCCACAAAGUUAACCAGUCAACAUAUACGUUUUUUAGCACAUGCUGAAGCUGCAGCGUUAGCAGACUUAGAAUCUAACACAACCAGGUUGGAUGGUGUAAAGAAUAAAGUUUCAGAGCAAGCCCCUGCCACCACUACCACAAAAACAACAACAGUAUCUCAGUCAUCUAUCAGUCCAGAGGAAUGGUUUAUAUUUGCUCAAUCUUCUAUUCUAUCUUGUCUUCUGGAACGUCCUCCAAAACAAACUGAUUUAGUUGAUGAUCCCAGUGAGAUUUUCGAUUCCGAUGCCAGUGAACUAUCUUCCAACAAUGAAUACGAUACAUAUCAUGGAGCUUUAUUAAAACAACAACGUCAUAUUAAUCGAGUACAACGCUUUAUCAAACAUUGUUCUAAUUUGAAACAACGUAAAACUGUACGACACCAUGUAAAAAACUCGUUACAUUAUCGUUUAACUGGACAGUUUAUAAAACAUACCGAUGGUACUCAUGACCACAGUGAUGGCGAUGAUGCUGACAUAAAUCUUACUGAACAAUUGGAUGUUGAAGAUGAUGACAGUAAUGAUGAUGAAGUUAAAAAUGCCGUCCUAAGUGAAAAGAAAGAUGAUUCUGGGAAAUUACAAUCUCCUACAAAAUUAAAUCUAUCCAGUUUACAACCACAGUGGAUUUUGCGACGUUUACAUUUGAAUCCAGAUUUUAUGGAUACCUGGUGGGGUAGUCGACUAGAAUCAGAAUUCUAUGAAGCAUUGAAUAUAUUCUACACGAAAUCUGACAAAAGACAAGCAACACACACUAAUUUAAAAGAUUUUAUUGAAUUUAAUUCUACUGUUGGUGGUGACCCAGCUAAUGACAAUAAUGAUUAUGAGGAUGAAGAUGUUGGUGAAGAAGAUGAUUAUAAUCUGACAGUCGAUACUUUAGGAAAUCGUAAAUUAGCAUUUUUUGAAAAUGACCGUCAAUGGACUUACAGUGAUAGUUACGCAUGGAGACUUAUACGUUUAGGUUUAAUGCAACUGGCUAAACGAGAAUUGAAUAGACUUAUACAAAUAAUUGACUUCACUGGAGAAGAUUUAGCUGUUCAUGCACCAGGUUUAAUGACGUUAACACGUCUAGCUGAUUGUUGGUUAGUUGGUUAUCGUUCAGAAUUAACUUCACCACCAGCAUUGAAUCCAAUCCAUUUAAAAUCACAGUAUAAAGGAUUUAUUAAUGAACAUCUUCUACCACCGACAGAUUUCUUACCAGGUAUUCAAGAAGAUUUAUCUUCUUCAAUUACACAAACGGCUACUGGAGUUAAAACUGGUAGCAGUUUGACAAUUGGCGUUGAAGUGUCAAAAUCGGACUUUCCUACACCCGGAGCAACAAGAUCGAUGUUACGUUUGAAAAAGUUGAUCAAUUCUAAAAAUACUCCAUUUCAAACACGUAAUCCAUUCUCAUUACCUGUCAAACGUUUAUGGUGUUAUUUAGUUCGACAAUCUGGAAUAGAUGAUAUAUUUUUACGUCAUAUAUUUCGUAAACCAUAUCUUAUACAAUCCAUUAUUACACCGAAUAUUAAAUUAACAUUAUCACCAUCAUCAUCAGUUACUUUUGGAUCAUCGGAACUUAACAAUCUACCUGGUUUAAUAAAUUCUACAUCAUCAUCUAAUCUGAAAACUGUUUCUUCUGCUGCAUCGAUUGAUAUUCAAAAAUCUUCAGGGAAGCAAACAAGAAUACAGCAACAACAACAACAGACCCAAUCUUCAAGUCAAACUAUUUCAGGAUCUCUACUAUUCAAUGAUGCUGUUCGUCUUAUUCAUAAAGAACAUGAUCCACUUAUAGCUAUGUGUAUUAAUCAGGUUAAUUACAACGCAAUUGCAAUCGCUACACCGAAAGAAAUUAUCGAGUUAGAUAUUGAAAAUCUUGUAAAUUUACCAUCAUGGUAUACUGAUGAAGUUGAAUAUGAUUUGGAAUUAAUGCGCAGACCCCAAAUACGUCGAUACCCUGAAGGUGGAACUGAUGAUUUUAUUGUAUGUGACACAAAUCCAACAAAAGUUGGUAGUAAUGAUCAUCAAUCAGAGGCUACAACAUCAAAUGUGACAUCAACAGGCACAUCCUUGUCUACUGGUGAUGGUAAUCCUAGCGGUUCACAUGUGAUAUUAAAACGAACUUUACCCGCUGUUUAUAGUUUAACUUCGCAUCCAACAUUACCAUAUUAUCUAUGUGGAACAGGUACUGGUUCAGUGCAUAUGUUCGAAUGGUCAACUCCAGUACCAGUUGUCGCUGGAUUUACAAAUACUUACAGUUUAACAAGUGCUGGUAUGUCAGGUCAAUUUCCAGCUGGUUCUAGAGGUGCACGUGUUACAGCAUUACAAUUUGAUGAUAGUGGUUAUCGUUUUGGUUGUGGAGAUUCUGAAGGAAAUUUUGGUUUAUGGAAUUUAUAUUCAACUAUGCCAGGCAAAUUACCAUAUUUUCGUUGUCGUUGUCAUGCAAAAGGUUUAGCAGAUUUUUGUUUUCUUGGCUGUAGUAGUUUAAUAGCUACAGUUGGCAAUGGCGGAAUGACUACAACAACUCCACAUAUUGCCAGUGGAAUAGAUGUAAGUGGUAUUGGUAGUGGUCUUAAUUAUGCUAGCAGCAACAUUGGUGUUGGUGGGCCAACAUACUACACUUCUUCCAAUAUCAUAGGUGGUAGUAGCAGCGGUGGAGGUAUCAGUUAUUCCGGUGGAACUGUUAAUACAGAUCAAGAUGCAUCACAUUUAACAUUAUGGGACACUUUAUUACCACCUAAUCGAUGUGGUGUUAUUCGUGUUCUUGACCCAGAAUUGGAUGCUCCAUGUACAUCAAUUGCCUACUGUGGAUCACUUACGAACACCAAUAGUUGGCCAUCCAAUAUAAACAUUUAUUCUAGUAACAAUAUUAUAAAUUCACUAACUACUGGAGUUAAUUCAAAACGAAUCUUCACUACCAAUGAUAGAACUGUUAUUGUCGGUACUAAAAAUGGUGAUAUAUGUACUGUGGAUAUGCGAAAUCCAAAAGUGUUGCAUAAAUUCUCAGCUCAUGAUGCACCAAUAAGAACAUUGUGUAUUGAUUCAGCAACGGAUUGUUUAGUUACUGGUGGAGCGGAUGGAAUUGUUAAAAUAUGGAGGCUAUCUGAACGAGAAUUAUUGACUAGUUUCUCUGGUGACCUGCAUCCAAGUCGUGGUGCAGCAGCUGUCGCUGCCGCUGCUCUAUUCAGAGGCAAUCAAUCAGCAGCUAUAAUUGCUGCUACUAACCCAGGCAUUUCAGAUAUUCGUCUAUUGCCGACGGUUACAGGAGCAGCAUUGAUUCAUGUCAAUAACAAUAAUAAUAUUAAUGACAGUAAUUCUACUAAAAAUAAUGAUUGUUCGACAAAUCUAAAUAACCAAAUGCCUAUUACACAUUCUUCUCAUGAUCAGAAAUGUUCAAUGACUGCCGCAUCAACAGCUUGUCGAUUUUUAAGUUGUGGUGCUGACGGUGGGCUACGUAUGCGUUCAUUAGUUGUUCGACCAAAACCUUCCAUAGUUUGUUAA